UUUCUGACCAAAAAGCAGUAAAAUCUCAUCUGGACACCUAACACAAAAAUAUCUAUCAGUUCAAGAUUUCUUAAAUUCCUACUAUUAUGGAAGCUUUCAGUGUUCAUGGCCUUGUUGGCAAAAUUAUCGACAGAGUUCCUCAGAAACAGCUGUCUAUUCGUUAUGGCAACACCGAAGUUCAUCCAGGGAUGAAUCUCACCCCAUCAAUGACUAAACAUCAACCACACAUCAAGUUUGAAGCUGAGGCAAAUUCUUAUUAUACCUUAAUUAUGAAUGAUGCUGAUUUUCCAAGUCAUUCCGACCAGAAAAUGAGUGAAUUCCAGCAUUGGUUAAUAGUUAACAUCCCAGGAAGUGAUCUGAGCAGAGGUGAUGUGUUGACUGAAUAUGUUGGCCCCUUACCAAACAAGGGCUCUGGUUAUCACCGAUAUGUGUUUAUGUUAUACAAGCAGUCGAAAGGAAAAAUGGAAUUUAGAGGAGAAAGAAGAAUUAAUAAUCGCACCUCAGACGGUCGUAAAGCUUACAACUUGAUGGAUUUUGCAAGAAAACACUCUCUGGUUGAACCUGUUUAUGGUAAUUUCUUCCAAUCAGAAUGGGAUGAAUCUGUUCCAAAGGUUUAUGAGCAAAUGAAGAUGUAAGAAAAGUACUAAAAUGAACGUUGGAUUUCCCAAAUAUAAAUUUUAUAAACUCUUCCAGAUAAAUUAUAUCUCUUAAAGCUGUAACCUUUUGCACAAGGAAAUCACAACAGUUUGUCAAAUAUAAGUUUGUCAAGAUGAAAUAUAUUUUCAUUUCUUCUCUUGCACAAUAAAAAGGUUUCCCUUGUUUUAC